CGUGCUUUGCGUGGCGCCACACAACAAACAUGGCGGCGGCCGCGGGGCCGUGGCCGUAGGGCCGGGCCGGGCCCGGACUCUUCUGCCUUCACGAUGUUUGGGGACUUAUUUGAAGAGGAUUUUUCCUUUAUUUCGAACAAUCAUUGUGGGAAAGGGAAGAAAUCAAAGCCCAGAGAGUCUGAGCCUCCAGCUCCCAGGGAUUCCACCAACCUCAGUGGCAUCAAAAACCAGGGUGGGACCUGCUACCUCAAUUCCCUUCUGCAGACUCUGCUUUUCACACCUGAAUUUCGAGAGGCUCUGUUCUCCCUGGGACCUGAAGAACUCGGGACUCUGGAUGACAGCAGGAAACCGGAUGCAAAGGUUCGGAUAAUCCCGCUGCAGCUGCAGCGCUUGUUUGCUCAGCUCCUGCUCCUGGACCAGCAGGCUGCAUCCACCACAGACCUCACCGAGAGCUUCGGCUGGAGCAGCCAUGAGGAGAUGAGGCAGCACGAUGUGCAGGAGCUGAACAGGAUCCUGUUCAGUGCUCUGGAGACUUCCCUCGUGGGGACGUCGGGCCACGACCUCAUCAACCGCCUGUACCAUGGCAUUGUUGUCAACCAGAUUGUCUGUAAGGAGUGCAAGAAUGUCAGUGAGAGACAGGAAGAUUUCUUAGACCUCACCGUGGCAGUGAAAGGUGUGGCUGGCUUGGAGGAGGCCCUGUGGAACAUGUACGUGGAAGAAGAAUACUUUGAGAAGGACAACUUGUAUCGAUGUGGAGCCUGUGAUAAACUUGUUGAAGCUUCAAAGUCUGCUAAGCUACGCAAGCUGCCUCCCUUCCUCACCAUUUCCCUGCUGAGGUUCAACUUUGACUUUGAGAAGUGUGAGAGGUACAAGGAAACGAGCUGCUACACAUUCCCCAUCCAGAUCAACCUGAGGCCUUUCUGUGAGCAGACUGAAAUGGAUGAUUCAGAGUGCAUGUAUGAGCUCUUCUCUGUUAUUAUACACAAAGGUGGCUGCUAUGGAGGACACUAUCAUGUUUAUAUCAGAGAUGUGGAUCAGUUAGGAAACUGGCAACUCCAAGAAGAAGAGGAUGGGCUGAUUGAAGAUAAGGCUUUAAGAGACACUGAGAACGGCAAAGAAACAGAAAAUCCAUUGGCAGUCUUAAAAGGGAUUUUAUCAGAGGAAGAAGCUAAACAAAUCCCCGUGGAUCAGUUAGGGCAGAAAUUACUGGAGAAGAAAGGGGUGUCCUGGAAUAAGAAAUACAGAAAACAAUACGGAGCAUUACGAAAGUAUUUGCAGAAUCAUCCUCAGAUAUUCCAGCUGAGCCCUGAUGGAAAUAGGGUAGGCCUGAAGGAAACCCACAAGCUCCUGUUCAAGCUGGAUUCUCGUGGACGAGAUCUCCAGAGCCCUCCCCAGAAGAAUGAUGUCCAGUGGAACUGUGAGAAAACCCCCCCAAGGCCAAGGGCCACUUCUGCUGGGUGCCACUGGUUUGACCUGAAUGAUUCCAAAGUCCAGCCCAUCAAGGAGAAGGAUCUUGAGAAACAAUUCCAGGGUAAAGAGAGUGCCUACAUGCUGUUCUACAGAAAAGCUCAGCUGAAAAGGCCUCCUGAAGCGCGAGGAAAUCCAAGGUACCAAAUUCCUGAGCACCUGCUGAAUGAAAUGAAUGCUGCUAAUACAGAGCUGCAAAAAAAGAGAGCUGAAUGUGACUCAGCAAGCAAUGGCAUUGAUCUACAUCUCCACCUGAGCUCCUGCUAUAAAUUCCACAACGGGGCUUUGCAUCCUUCACUUUCUUGGAAAGAGAGCGUGGUGGAUUUGACUAUUGACAGGAGGAGAACACUGGGAGACCUUCGACGGGCAGUGUUCCAGAUGUUGGAAUCUUGGGAAGGGGACAUGGUUCUCAGUAUGGCCAAGCCUUUACCAGCAGGAUUACAUCUGUACCAGGUGCUUGAUGGAGAUGAGCUGACCCUGGAUGGCAUUGGGCUGGCUGAUGGAGCAGACAUCUUCGUGUGGAAUGGCAAAGAGGUUGGAGGCACAAAGGUGCUGACGGGCCCUGACCACGAGCCCGUGGUGCUCAACGUCCUUCGCUUGGCCGAGCACAACGAGGGCGGGAAGGGGCAGCACUUCAGCGAGGCCCAGCACGUGUUCUCCUGCAGCACCAGCCUGGGCCAGCUGCACUCAGCCUUGGCUCCAGCCGGAGGCAUCAUCCUCAAGAAUGGCUCGGGAGCAGAGGGAGAAGCCAAGAACUGGGAAGUUUUCCGUGAGGAAGACAUGAAGGAAACAGUCCGAAGUGUUGGCCUCAGGGAUGGGUGCUCAGUGCUGAUCUUAGACAGCCAUGACCAGAGCUUUGUCAACGUGGCAAGUGGGAAUUUGACUGCCUUCACCUAUGACAUCAGCUGGCUCCAAGUGAAAAACUUCUGUGGGGUGGAAGAGGAGGAGAAACUCGUUAAAAUCACUGCCACUAUUGAAACAGUGAUGUCAGAUAUCAAAAUGAAAGCGAUCCGGGAGCUUCAGCUGGAGGAGGAGCUGGCAAACGAGAGCUGUCUUAGACCUGUUAAUGGCAAUGGGAAACUUCUGUCUCCAGCAGCUGCUGAUGUUCUCCCUGGUUUUGUCCUCCCCGAAGUGCCUGAGGAUUACACAGUCAAGGAGGCAGAGCUGAAGAUGGGAAGCUUGCUCGGGCUGUGCCGUGGGAAAGCUCCAGCUUCCACUCAGCUCUUCCUGUACUUCAUGGUUGGGAGUGACCAAAACUGCAGCCCUGAGAUGGAGAUAGUUGUGGAGGAGACUGCCUCUGUCAGAGAGUGUCUCAAUUUAAUGCUGGAGAAAUCUGGAUUAUCAGGUGACAAUUGGCAUUUGAGAAGGCUUGACUGGUGCUACGAAGCAGGGGAAGCAUUAAGUCAGGAAAAUGCCACCCUGAAGGAACUCAACGUUUGCAGAGGAGACACUUUGGUUGUAACUGAAGGAAAGCUUCCAGAAAAGGGUUUCCUGAAGAUCCCCAUCUGGUGGCUGAAGCCUUCAAGCCAUAAGAAGCAUGGAGAGAAUGCACAGGACCAGGUGAAUGGGGUGACCUGGAAGAUGGAUGCUUUGCAGGUGUCUGCUGCAGCAGCUCCACCAGAACCCACCCACACAGGCCUGGAUCUUUGUUAUGCUGGCAGGAUAGAGAUAGCAGGAGAAGCCUCUCUGGAAGAUCUGAAGAUGCAGGCUCUGACCUUGCCCUGCUGCCAGGAGCAGGUUGUGCCCCUGCCCUCAUUCCUCAGAGCUUGGACAGUGGACAGCAGACGCCCCGGGAAGCUCCUCCGGGACAACAAGCAGAGACUCAGUGACUACAGGCUGGGUGCCAGAGUGGAAAUCUGCAUAGAACCCUUGCAAGAAGAAGAGAAUUUGGGCCCCCACGAGCUGCUGCUGCGAGUCCAGAUGGGAAUACCAGGAGAGAGGGACUACUCCGACUCCCGGGAUUUGGUGUGGGAUAUCUCCAAGGAAUGCACGACCUGGGCUCUGAGGCAAAGAGUGGCUUCUCACUAUUGUCUCCCUGUAGAUAAAAUUGAAAUAGCCAAAUACUUCCCUGAGAGAUUUGAGUGGCUGCCAAUAUCUAGCUGGGUAAGAUCUGGAAUGACAGAACCCAACAGUUGUUGGAGAGGAGCACAUGUUGGUUUGGGCUGCAGUUCCUUAGGGAUUGUAUUGAAGGAGAAUUCCAAACUCUUCUGCUUUGGUUUUAUUCAGACACAGCAAAUCUCCAAGAGGAAAAGGAGGAAAAAGCAGGAGAGUUUGCAGUCAGCACCUUAUCACCUCAAGGAUGGAGACAUCAUUGGGGUGAAGAACCUUCUCCUUGAUGACACCAAGGACUUCAGCACCGUGAGGGACGACAUUGGGAAAGAGAAACAAAGGCAGCUGGCACUGGAGAAGAAGAAAAGCCGCCAGGAGCGGGUCCAGGAUCCCUUUUUCCCCGAGGAGAGGCUCCCCACGAAGCCCCGGAAACCAGAAGUGGCUCUUUCCAUCAAUGUGGGUGUGUUCAGAUAGCACCAGGAGCUGCUGUGCCCACACCACCCUGUACUAACCUGGCCUGCAGGACCUCAGCUCCAGCAGCAAGAGGGGCUUUCCCAAAGUGUCUUCAAGAAUCCCUGAGGAAAAACUGGGUGUAGGAUUUGGGAUAACUCUGAUUUUCUUCUGCUCUCUCUUGGGGAAGUGCUUUAAGGUCCCUUUCUCAGUGUGGUACUUACUCUCAGGCUGAGUAAAUGCACUUUAUGUAGGAGGAAAAGGAUUAAUACAUUGUAUAACCCCUCGGUGACUCCUUUGUCAUCACCCUAAAUGCUUUGUUGGGUCAGGUCUGACCCCUUGCACCACCACUACUGAGAUUUAAUGCAGUCAUAGUCAUCUCUUUUUAGAGUUUUCUCCCAGCUCUGAUCCCUGAAGUUACUGCUGAUACCAGAAAUUGCUUUUCUCUCUUCACCUCCAAACCUAAGUCUGUCGGAGCUGGUGAGACCUGAGAAUGAGGGAAAUGUGGAAAUCUCUGAACAAAGUGAAGGAAAUUGGCUCAAAAAAGAGCAAAUCCAGGAUCUGUCAAGAUGUAGAACCUGGAAACCUUUUGUGAUACGGAACAACAGUUUUGAAUCUUACAUUUUUGAAGUUUCCAGGGCUUGUUUUGUUCCCAUAAACUUCAUUUUGCAGUUUCUAGGGCGUUUUUGUUGGCCCUAAACUUCAUUAACAGACAAAAACGGUUGGAAAAAUGGACAGAUCUGAUGUUUGAUCUUCAGUGGGUUUUACUGUACUCAGGAAGAAGGCCUGUAUUUAUUGUCAGUGCUCCUCUUCAGAGGAAUUUCCCUCAUUUCUCCUCCUUCCAGCUGUUCUGAUACUGUUACAUUGGAGAACAGGUUUCUCUUGGUGUCCUGAGCUGAUCUCCAGCCUCUGUGGGAGCAGGGGGUGUGAGCAGCUCAAAGGUUCUGAAGUAUUAACUCCUAAGUGAGCCUGAUUAUCCUUAAUUAAAUCUGUCAUAAUGAGAGGACAAAACACAAGCUGCUUUUGGGGGCUGCAGGAAAUAUUUGACCUAUUUGGUGUAGAUUUUGUAGUAGGAGCUGCCACUUCAGCAGAUUCCUCAGAUUUCGGCAAAGGUGAGAUUUUUCGUGUACCUUUUGUAGGUUAACAAUAUUCUGGUGUUUCAGACAACAGAAAGAUCAAAACUGACACUCAGCCAUCAGCAAGAAGGUGAAAAGCACUACGAAACACACGAUUAUUAUUUAUUUCUGUGCGUAUCUUUAAUAUUCAGCAGGUGCUCCUGUGCUUUUUGGAGCUGAUUCUCUGCUGACGGGGCUGUUCAAUGUCCUCACUCGCUUGAAUCCUGAAAAAUCCCAGUUUCAUGGACACAUUUUCUGCCCCAUGGGAGGGCAGCUGAUGUUUUCCCUUCUCCAUUUGUGUCGCCUGGGUUUACAGCAGGGAUCAGAGGUGCUGGUUCCAAAGGUUUGUGUCACUGGAUGGUUCCAACCCAGUGGAUUUAUUUGCUGUCACUUCAGUUCCUCUGGUUCUUGCUGGAGAGCCGGACUGAGCUCAGCCUUCCCUCUGGUUUCUCCCUGAGAACAACAAGUUUGGAGAAACUGAAAUGCAAAUUCCAAGUGGGAAUUUUGUGCCUUUGUUCAAGUGUAAUGUAGCAGCACCUGCACUGAACCAAUCUUGGAUUAUUUCUAAUGUUGGCUCAAAAUGCAUUUUUUUUUUUUUUCCUUAAAACUCGUGUGGGCCAUUCCACAGUGAAAGACUUCGUGGAAAACGGGGCUGGGGGGAGGAAACACCUUUGGAAAAUGGAGUUGUUGUGACUCCAUGGGUUCUGAUGGUUAUUUGCAAAGCGUGGAAAAGCUUUCAUCUUUAUUUUUCAAGUGAUCUUCACAAAAUAAAAUGUCAUUUCUAUCUGCCUA